AGGGGCAGGAGAGAGAGUCUGAACUCUGAGCAGGAUCCUAAUCAGACUGCAGGCACCAUGAGCUGACGACUGUGACAUCUUGUGUUUUUUUUGUUUUAUUUUUUGCCUACGUGGACAUAUGGCAAGGAUCACGUUUUCCUGCCUGCCGGCCUCCUGGUACUGCAGCGUGUCCCUGUUGUCUCUGGGCUGCGCUCCCAGGCAGAGGCUGCUGCUGCUCCUCUUCAUCACUUCUGCCGUCCUCCUCCUGGGAACCUACCAGAGUAAGCUGUGGGGCCCGCAGCGACGGCCCGGGGCCCGAGUCAACAUGUACCUGUCCAUCGCAGAGUCCAUGGAGGCCACUGACGUCCUCAACCCUGCUCUGAAUUAUGGGAUCGUGGUGGACUGUGGCAGCAGUGGCUCUCGGGUCUUUGUGUACUACUGGCCCCCCCACAACGGGAACCCUCACACCCUGCUGGACAUCAGACAGAUGAAGGACCGCGACCGUAAACCAGUCGUCAAGAAGAUCAAACCUGAGGCCAGACUUUUGAUUGAGUUGUUCUCCAUUAUUACUGACAAGCAGGAUGCAGUGAUGUGGCCUGUCUGGGCCUGCCAGUACUCAGCACUGCAGCCCGAGCGGCUCAUUGAUCGUCCUCUCAUAGGCGGAGUGUCGCUGCUUGAUGACCAAUCGUAA